CUCGCCUUCUCCCUCUCCUCCUCCCUCUCUCUCUUCUCUCUCGGAGGGUUUCUCUGUGAAAUUCUCACCGAUUUUCGUUUAUUCUUUUACGCAUUCCGGGUCGGUUUAAUAGAAAUGAGAGAAAAUCUCCGGAAAAAUAUUCCGACGCCGUCUCUGCAGCCUCAGGCCAUGGCCGGUUGUGGGAGCGAGUCGACUCGGACGAGCUCGGACUCGUCUGCCAUCACAGCUGACACUUGCAAAGAACCUUCACGCCAUUGUGGAAAUGCAAGAACGCAGGGGCAGUUGACAGAGUGGACAGAUCAGAAGCACAGUUUGUAUCUUAAUUCCUUAGAGGCAUCAUUUGUUACUGACUUGCAACGUUCAAUGUGUUUGCGUGGCUUGUGCUCGCAAGAUAAUGUCCGUGGGACAUAUUCACCCAAAGAACCUAGAACCAAAACUCGCAAUUCUUCUGAUGAGUUCAUGGUUCUACGAGAUGGCCGCUGGCAGAAGAUCAACUUUGAAAGAAAUGAUAAUUUGUUGGACAGCACUGCUGAUUCUCAUGUUGUUCUAGGAAGUCCAUGGAUACGACAUUUUACAUCUUCAGGCAAACGGUGCGCUGAGAGAUCUCUUUAUGUCCAAGAACAUGGUGUGUUUCAUCAUGAAGGGACUCAUUUAAAAGGGAAUUUGACUUUUGCCAGUGGAUCAUCAAGAGGUUUGGAUCAUCAGGGAUCUUUUGGCGGCACUACAGAGACUUCAGAUCAGAACUUUGUGGAUGAAGACCAAGGAGAGAAGUCAAGCUGUGCAUCUAUGGUGAAAAGGUCGAAGACGACUGCAGCCGAUGCUUCAAGCAGUGAUCAAGUACUUACUAAAAGAAAAUUUGUUGUGCCCCUUGGAAAGUUUCACACAACAGAUGUUUCAACUGCCGAUAACGCUUCAUCAGAGAGGGAACAAGAAGGACGUUACGAACUGCUGUCCGAGAACCCUGAGAGCCUUGUCUGCCCGAAAUCCGAUCUGCAUUAUUUUCUGAAAGGGAGCUAAGUUAUGACUUGGAAUCGUAAGUUUGAUAGAUAAUCAUUGACAGUAAUACACCAAAAGAAUUAUAGCGAUAAGCAUUGCAGAAGCUUUUUGAGCAACAAACUUUAUAGACUUAAAGGUGACUUUUUCCAAUAGAGGGUUGGUCCUGGGGUUAAUGCAGUGGUAAUGCCGACAAAAAGAUUUUUGGCAAAACUUCAGUAGGAAUAAAAAAAAUUCAUGUUGCUGGUGAAGUAUGCUCAUAUGUAGUAUAUAUCUUCGAUAAGAUCUAUGGAGUUGGAGUUGAUGAAGUUGAUGAAAACACCAUGUUGGUUAGGUAUUGGAGAUAGGAUUCUGUUUUCUUUUCCUGUUCAUUUCUUCAAUUUUGUGUACUGAAAAUUUAUUACAGAGGGAAGCUUGAACUUCUAUUAGACGUAGAUAGUAGGAAAUGCAACUAAUGUAUAUGGUAAAUGUGUGGAUGCAUGGAGCUGAUUGUCAGUCAUGUUGUUGUGCUCCACAUAUUUGUGUAUUUCUUUUCUUUUUUUCUUUUUCCACUGAAGUUUGCAGUUCUACAAGAGCUCUUGAGCUUUCAAUUGUUAUUUUGAUUCAAAGAUUGCAAAUUGUAGAUAACUUUCUAUCUAAUAUAUCUAUGGAAAAUGAGGUUCAGCAUACUUGAUUAGAUUC